GCCCUCCCCCGACCCACAUUCCGCUCUCCGCCCCAAAACCGAGCACCUCCCUUCCCCAGCGUCCGCCCGGCGCUUCUCGCCGUCGGAGACGAUGGAAGGUGAUGAGCGCCAGCCGCUGCUCGCGGCCUCGCCCGCCUCCUCCACGCCGUCGCGGAAUGGCACGUCCGCCUCCGACGAGCUCUCGGGCGAACGGUCCUCCCCUCGUGGUGCUCCUCCGACGAAGGAGCAUCCAACCUCCUCCUCCUCGACCACGCCGCCGCCUGCCGCGGGCACCCCCGUCCCCUCCUCCUCGACCACGCUGCUGCCUGCCGCGGGCACCCCCGUCCCCUCCAACUCGACCACGCCGCCGCCUGCCGCGGGAACCCCGGUCCCCUCCUCCUCGCCGCCUGCCGUGGGAACCCCGGUCCCCUCCUCCUCGCCGAGUGCCGCGGGAACCCCGGUCCCCUCCUCCUCGCCGACUGCCGCGGGCGUCCCCAAGGGCCGGCCCUCCUUCUCGUCUACCAAGCGUUCGGCGCCGACUGUCGCGAUAUCGCCCUCUGCUGGAGUUUUCUGGGAUUUGUCUGGCAGGAUGCGAAGGGCGCCGUCGCACCCACCCGUCCCCGCUCCGCCUGGCCUUCGCGAGACGCUUCGUCGCCAGGGCGCAAGGUUUGACUCUGUUGGCGUCGAGAAGCUCAUCGGAAUAUUGGGGUUCUCCUUGUUUGGAUCCCUUUCCCUUUUGCCCUUCACUGUGGACCGCGUCAAGGACGACAGCAACAUCACCGAGACACAUAAGAUCAUCCUUGUGCUGAUUUUUGGUUUGAUCUGGGUGCUGGCAAGCGUUGGGUUCUUAUGUGGAUUGCACGGCAAGUCUGACUUUGAGCAGGCGGUAUGCAGGUUCACUGCUCGCCUAGGGAUUCUUGGACUGACACUUCUAGUGAUUCUCAACCUCAUAUGGAUGCUCCCGAGCAGCACCUUUGCCACUGUCUGCUUCUACAUCUUCAUGAUCGCCGCUGUCAUACUUCACAUAGUGUUAUGGAUAACAAGCUGCCUAGUUGGCGAGGACAAGAUCGAGGAGAUUGCAGGAACAGAGCAGCAGUAGGCGAGGUCAGUAGAAACGCAUGUUAACCACCUCCCAUGUGCAAGCUGGAAUGCCAAGCCCCCUGCCAGCAUAGUCGUUGACCAUGGCACCAUCUGGAUUCACCGUCAUCUGUAACUAAAAUCUACGAUUUCGCUGGGAGCUGCUGCAUAAUCACCUAGAUGAUUCACACCUGUACUUACUGCCAGUGCUCGCGGCCUCGCUUUAUUACUGUCGAACUACAUGUGAAGCUCCGAUUGGCUUGAGGGGUGAGAUUUUUCUCGCUUUUAGGAUGGAAUCAAUUGUUCCUUUACUCCC